GCCGCAGGCACAACACCGCGCUUCAUGUUCCCUUCUCUCCGGAAGAGUUGAUUCCAGAUGCUAAGUUUCUGUCUGAAAAAGUUGAAAAUAGGUCUUCCAGUCCGAAAGUGUUGCUCUCGUUUUUUGCGCUGCUUUUUGUCGAAGGCAACUCCAAACGCCUCGGCUCUGAGAACAGAAACGCUCGGGCGCUUCUCUUCUUCUCCCCGUCUCGCAGAGAUACGUCCAACACAGUCGAUGUUGAGCAACUUCCACGUGGUGGAGUAUUGAGAACAAUCAUUUUUUAAAGCUGCUGUCAGCAGACCGCGAGGGCGGUGGUGCACAGCAACCGGAGAACAAACUAGGUUCUCUGUUUUCGCAGCGAAAAGCCUACUCAGACCUUUCAGGCCCUGUACACACCCGCCGCAAAGAUGCCUGUCUCGCCCUCGGCUUCCGACCCUCCAGAGGUCUCCCCGCGACCGAUGGGAGAUGCAGCAGCGGAGAGGGAGAGACGACAAGCCGCGGCUUCUUCUUCCUCUUCUUCCAGUUCUUCUUCUACUUCUCCUUCCAACUCCUCUUCUUUCGCCUCCUUUGCCUUCGCUUCUACGUGCUCGUCUGGUCGUCCCCGAGUGCGCAGAGGUGGAGGAGAGGAGGCGACAGAAAAGGCGGCGCGCGAGACACGGAAGAAGUUGUCGCCGGUCCCCAGUGACAUGAGCGAGAACGAAAAUCCACGAAGGUUCAGUCGCGCGAGAGACAGUGAGCCAACCGCUCGUGUUGCCGAACUCCCGCGAGGCUCAGGCGAACCUGACGCAGGCCGAAACGUCGACUGGGUGCCGAGCGACGAAGUGACUUGUUGCAGCCACUGUGGAAGUCUCUUCAGCGUGACACACUGGAAACAUCACUGUCGAGCAUGCGGAAAGGUUUUCUGUGGGGAGUGCUCGACCACGCGCAUUCGACUCCCCGACCUCGGCUACUUCGAGAAAGUUCGCGUCUGUGACGACUGUGCCCUCGCCCGUGCGUCCUCUCACACCCUCUCCCUGCAGGAGGAUCUCGACGUGAAGGAGCAAAUCAAUGCGAACUUGAAACUUGCGCUGGAAGAGAAGACGAAGCAACUCGAAGGCUUUCGCUCUUUUCUCCUCGAAGUCGAAGGACUUCUUCUCUCGGGAACUCAGCGCAGUCUCUGCUUCUCGACUGGGCGUACACCGGGAGAUCCGCCUUCCGUGUCGACGCAUGCAGCUCAAGCAGCAGGAUGGACCAGCGAGGACGAAUUCUCCCUUCUGAUGCGGCAGAGCGAAAACGGCCUGAGGCAAUUGACACAGCGCCUUCAGCAGUACGAGGAGGACUUUGAGGACGUACGCGCGCAACUUGAGGCGCUUGAGAGCGAGAGGGACGAGCACCGAAGCCACGCGUAUGAACUGGAGAGGUGCUUGCAUGCGUCGCGAGUGGAGAUGACGCAAAUGAAGGAGGUUGCAGCUGACCGGGAAGCUCUGCGGGCUGUCGUGGAGGAGCAGAAACGAGAGUUGGAGGAGCAGCGGCGGCAGCUGGUCGGGCUUCAGCAACGCUGUGUGACUUUGGAGAGCAAAUCAGCGGCCGCGCAGUCGCCUUCGCGCUCGCGCUCAACUGGCCGAGGAGACACUGCCGCCUCUCUGGCUUCGACUGUGGAGCCCUACACUUGGAGGGGCUCUGGCUCCGACCGCGGUCGUGGCGCCUCGGCGGGUGUGUCUCCAGGAGACACCUCGAUCCUGAAAGGGAGCUUCUUUGGCAGAGACCCUUCAGAUCUCUCGAGGAGACCAGUGAUUGUCGGGCGAACCGACGAUUUGGAUGACUUCGCCGUCGCGUUCACAGUUGCCGAUGGCUUAGGAGACUCCCAAGAUCGCUUCCAUGGCUCGUGGUUCCAGUCCCUGUGGGUGCGUUGCCGCCGUUGCUGUUGUAGGAGACGAAGAAGGUACUUUGUUGGCGGCUCUCGGUCUGCAUGCGUCAUCCAGUAAUGCUUUUCGAGAGGAAAUAGUUCUGUGAAGAAGGUCUCGAGAUUUCCCUUACUUGAUGCCAGCGGAGUCCACGUGUGCGUUAGGCUCAGGGAGUUACAGUGUCCCACGACACCUUCUUCCCUCUCGAGUUUCAGUGUGUCUCUCCUCAAAACAUCGGCUGCCUUUCUCCGGCUCUUCUUUGUGCGGGAUAGAAAGCUGGGUUUUCUGGUGCACUGGUUCGGAUCCUACUGGCGUCUGCAGCAGUGGGGAUUGAAAGCCGGGCAAGGUGAAAAAGAAGGAAACUUUGUUGCUGGUGAAGCCACAGGAGCUUUCACGCUGGACGUUUGCGUUUUUUUCCAGCAGCGAAGGAGUCGCCGUCUCGUUGCCGCGAGCAGUGGCGGGCCACCCUUUCUGCAAGAUCGAGAAAAGCUAUCUUGGGGGGGUUCUCAAAUAACGUCCGUGGUUUACUGUUGAUUUCGGCUAAGCAUCAGGCGUUCGCACUUUUCUUUGGUAUCUCCCCGUGAUAGCGCGUUGUUGACGGGCUGUUUCACACGUGGUUCGCCCCUAGGUCCUUUCUGGCUGUACUCUGUGCGUGUUGUCGUUGCAACGUUUUUCUCGUUCGAAGCACGAUCUCUGUGGCGCUGCUCCCAUGUGAAUCCACGUCGGUUGAUUCCGCUGAGUUUCCUGCUGGAACUAGAGGGUUUGUCGGGACUUUCUCCCGCAAGAAAGUCGAACAGGGACGCACGUGCAGAAUGCGUUGCAGUGCGUCUCUCCUUGAAAGGGCUGGAGGGCGCUCGAGACGUCCAAGUGUCUAUCCGUCCGAGCAAAGCGGCGC